AAGCUUCAGUCAAGAAUGAGUGAAGUAAGAAUGAAGCUCUGUGCAAACGUUGUAUUGUUACUUUUAAUAUUUUCGUUUGCUACUGCAACAAAAUAUUACGACAAGACGUGCAAACGUAAUUUUAAAUUUCCAUUGUGUUGGUAUGACUCAUGGGGCUUUAACGAAAUUACUUGUAAAUGUUACCCAAUUAAAGCUGGUUACGGGCAAUGUGGAAACUUUAGAAGUCAAAGAGGAUGCCUCGAUUUCUGUAUACAAGAUAAAUAUAAGCAGCUGAAGACAGAAUCGAAAUCUGCAACCCGAUGUGUCUAUAAAAUCAAAAGCACGUAUUGGAAGGAGCUUGAAAUAAAAUAUGGAAUUAAAAAGAAUUAAAUAAUUCAAUAAUAAAUUAUUGAUAUAUUUUCUAUUAUACAAUUUCGAUUUCGUAUUACUAA